AUGUCAGAAUCUUCCGCCGCGGCCUCCAAGGCCCAGGCGUCGGCCUUCCCUGAUGGCACCACCGACUACGUGCCUCUGCGCGCCGGCGGCAAAUACGACCUCAAGAAGGUGCACAUCUCAGAGACGCCCAUUACCUGGGGCAACUGGUACAAGCACGUCAACUGGCUCAACACCACCUUCAUCGUCUUCAUCCCCCUGCUGGGCUUCGUCUCCGCCUACUGGGUGCCUCUCAAGCUGGCCACGGCCAUCUUCUCCGUCAUCUACUACUUCAACACUGGUCUAGGAAUCACAGCUGGAUACCACCGUCUCUGGGCUCACUCCUCAUACAAGGCCACUCUCCCCCUCAGAAUCUACCUUGCCGCUGUCGGUGCUGGCGCCGUCGAAGGCUCCAUCCGCUGGUGGUCAAGAGGCCACCGCUCUCACCACCGAUACACCGACACCGAAAAGGACCCCUACUCCGUCCGCAAGGGUCUCCUGUACUCCCACAUUGGCUGGAUGGUCAUGAAGCAGAACCCCAAGCGAAUUGGCCGCACUGACAUCACCGACCUCAACGAGGACAGCAUCGUUGUCUGGCAGCACCGCAACUACCUCAAGUGCGUCAUCUUCAUGGGCCUCGUCUUCCCCACCCUCUUCUGCGGCCUCAUGUUCAACGACUUCCUCGGCGGCUUCGUCUACGCCGGCAUCCUCCGCAUCUGCUUCGUUCAGCAGGCCACUUUCUGCGUCAACUCCCUCGCCCACUGGCUCGGUGACCAGCCCUUUGAUGACCGCAACUCACCCCGUGAUCACGUCAUCACCGCUCUCGUCACCCUCGGUGAGGGCUACCACAACUUCCACCACGAGUUCCCCUCAGACUACCGAAACGCCAUUGAGUGGUGGCAGUACGACCCCACCAAGUGGAUGAUUGCCUUCUGGAAGUUCACCGGCCUCGCCUACGACCUGAAGCAGUUCCGCUCCAACGAGAUUGAAAAGGGCCGUGUCCAGCAGCUCCAGAAGAAGCUCGACCAGAAGCGUUCCACCCUCGACUGGGGCACUCCCCUUGAGCAGCUCCCCGUCAUCGACUGGGACGACUUUGUCUCUCAGUCCAAGAACGGCAAGGCCCUCGUUGCCAUUGCUGGUGUCAUCCACGACGUUACCGACUUCAUCAAGGACCACCCCGGUGGCAAGGCCCUCAUCUCCUCCGCCAUUGGCAAGGACGCCACGGCCAUCUUCAACGGCGGUGUCUACCUCCACUCCAACGCCGCCCACAACCUGCUCUCCACCAUGCGUAUCGGCGUCCUCCGCGGCGGCUGCGAGGUCGAGAUCUGGAAGCGCGCCCAGUUUGAGAACAAGGACGUUACCUAUGUCAACGACUCUGCUGGCCAGCGCAUCGUGCGUGCCGGUUCCCAGGUCACCAAGGUUAUCCAGCCUGUGGCCAGCGCCGACGCUGCUUAA